AUGAGAGGUUUGCGGCUUCCACUUGCUUUGAAACUCAAAACUUUCUUACCCUUUCCAAAUAAACAACCCCGUCGUCAUUUGAACUUAAUCCAUGAACCCCAAGCUUCAAAAUCCUCUCCAUCGUUACCUAUUCAUGUGGAGAAGAAAGACACAAUUGCGUUUGCAGCUGCACUUGCCUUCUGUUCGAAGUUCAAAUCAGUUGUUCUAGGCCAUCAAAUUCAUGUACAGAUCAUCAAGUCAGGAUUCUCCAAGGACGUCUUCUCACAAAAUAAUUUGAUUGUUAUGUACUCAAAAUGUGCUUCAAUAGGUUGUGGAUUGAAGCUGUUUGACGAAAUGACCGAAAGAAAUGUUGUUUCCUGGACUUCAUUGAUCUCGGGUGCCAUUCAAAAUGGGGAGUUUGAAAUGGGCUUGGAGAUUUAUUUGGAUAUGAUGAGAGCUGGGUUGAGGCCUAAUGAAUUUGCUCUUGGUAGUGUCCUGAAAGGUUGUGCCAGUCUUGAGGAUCUUGAGUUUGGUUUGUCCUGUCACUGUUUUGCCAUAAAGAUUGGACUUGAGAAUAAUUCUUUUGUUGGUGGUUCGGUUCUAAACAUGUAUGCAAAAUGUGGGGAUAUUGAAGCAGCCAAAUGGGUGCUUGAAGGUAUGGACAGUAAUGAUGUUGGUUGUUGGAAUGCCAUGAUUGGAGGGUAUGCACUUAGUGGUCAUUACUUUAAAGCUAUGGAACUUGUUUCUUUGAUGCACUUGAAAGGAAUAAUCAUGGACCAACUCACAUUUAUAAAUGCUCUCAAGGGGUGCUCAGAUUUGGGUGAUUUGAAUUUUGGGAGACAGAUUCAUGGAAUGAUUAUUCGGAGUCAAAUAGAAUUUAGUACUUCUGGGAUGAAUUCUCUCAUGGAUAUGUACUUUAAAACUGGUGGACAGACCUCUGCUUUGAAGAUUUUUGAUAAGAUGGGAGGGAAAGAUACUAUAUCUUGGAAUACUGUAUUUUCUGGCUUAUUUCUAGAUGAGAAUGCUAGAGAGGUUGCAAGUUUGUUCUCUAGAAUGCUAUCGUCUGGUUUGAAACCGAGCCAUGUUACUUUCCCAAUUGUGUUUAGGCUAUGUGGGGCUGUCUUUAAUCUUGUGCUUGGACUUCAGUUCUAUUGUGUUGCUUAUCAUCUUGGGUUAUCUAAUGAAGCCCUUGUUGUAAACUCCCUGAUCAAUAUGUUCUUCACAUGUGGGGAAUUAGGCAGAGCACAUUCUCUGUUUGAGAGUGCCCACACCAAAGAUAUUAGCACUUGUAAUGAAAUGAUCAUUGGGUAUAACUCAAAUUGCUGUACACAAGAAGCACUAAAUAUUUUCUGCAAGGUUUGGGAGCUGGGAUAUAAAGCAAAUGAGUUUACCUUUUCCAGCAUCUUAGGGGCUUUUUCUAGAACUGAACACCAAGAAAUAGUCAGACAAAUCCAUGGAGCUAUAAUCAAGUCUGGUUAUGGUUUUUAUGGAUUUGUGUGUUGCUCAUUAAUUAAUACUUACUCAAGAAUUAGACUGUUGGAGGAUUCAGUUAUGGCUUUUAAUGGGAUUAAGAGAUUAGAUUUGGCAUCUUGGGGGACUAUGAUUUCUGCAUUUGUGCUAAGAGGCCAUAGCUAUGGAGCUCUAGUACUUCUCAACCGCCUGAGAGCAACUGGCGAGAAACCUGAUGAGUUUAUUCUGGGUAGUGUUUUAAACAGCUGUUCUAAUAUAGCUGCUUAUCACCAAACCAAAUGCAUUCAUGUGCUUGUAAUAAGACAAGGGUUUGAGAAGCAUGUGUAUAUUGCAAGUGCAGUUAUAGAUGCUUUUGCAAAAUGUGGAGACAUUGAAAGCUCAAGGUUGGCUUUCAAUCAGGCAUCCAGAUAUGAUGAUUUGGUCCUCCUAAAUACGAUGAUCAUGGCUUAUGCACAUCAUGGAUUAGUAGCUGAAGCAUUUGAAAUCUUCGAGAAGAUGAAGGCAGCUAAUCUAAAGCCCAGCCAUCCAACUUUUGUGUCGGUUAUUUCAGCUUGCAGUCAUCUGGGUCUUAUUGAGGAAGGUUGUAAGCUAUUUGAUUCAAUAAGCUCAGAUCAUGGGAUGGACCCUUCGGCAGAGAAUUUUGGCUGCCUAGUUGAUUUGUUUUCACGAAAUGGAUUACUUGAAGAGGCUAAACGUGUCAUUGAAGUCAUGCCCUUCGCUCCUUGGCCUGCUAUUUGGAGAUCCUUACUAAGUGGUUGUAGGAUUCAUGGAAACAAAGAAUUGGGUGAGUGGGCUGCUCAGCAGUUGAUUCAGUUGGCUCCUGAAAAUGAUGCAGGCUAUGUAUUGUUGUCAAAGGUCUAUUCUGAAGAGAGUAGUUGGGAAGAUGCCUCAAAUGUAAUGAAGAGAAUGCAAGAAAGAGUAAUUCGAAAAGAUCCAGGAUAUAGUUGGAUAGAAAUAUAGGAAAUAGCUGUAGUAUUCCUAAGCCCUAUCAAGAGAGGAACUAGUUUUCACCAAAAUUAGCCGCUGCAAAAGAGUAGUUUCAACUAUUGGGGCUUCUAAUUCUUCAGUAUUCUUUGCUGCACACCAAUAUCACCUAUGGUCAAGGCAACGAUGUACAUGCGACAAAAUUUUGUGUUAUGAGAUGGGAUUCUUUUAUUCUUUUGUAGU